AUGGCUUAUGUGUUACUGGUUUUACUUCAUAUUCUAACUGGAUGGAUUUUCACAGCAAUGAAGGAAACGGGCUAUCCAGGAACAUCGACAAGAAGUGUUGUCAUUAUAAAUUAUACACAUCGCGUGACUUUUAAAACAGCAAGAUCACGUGAUUUAUCAACAAGGAAUCGCGUUCCGUGAACUUCGCAGUCAUGAAAAUCACUUUCUCUUUUUUCUCAAGUUGUUUAUCUACUAUUUCUGUACUUAUUAUAUCUUUUGAAGAUUUCUCAGUCUUCGCCUUCAAAGAAUGGAAGAAAAACGAAAAAUGUCUAGUCUAUAGUCCUGCGUAUCCAUCUGCUGGCGGUGCAGGCUGUAGCGCGCCAUGCUCUGCAAAGAAAGGGAAGACAACCUCGAUGUAUGGGGCAGCGUUUUAUAACGAUAACCACCAAAUCUGGCCGAAAGAGCUCGUCGCAAACAUGGAAAUUGCUGCUUCAAUUGUGAAAAAGUUCGGUCAACCCCUUGCUUUAAACACAGAGGGAAAGCGUGAACUUCAUUUAACGUUUGAUUACUAUUGCUGCUACACAGAGGAAGAAGGAAUCAAAAUCGGGCAGUUUUUGAACAGUUACUCGUGGACAUCGCAUGAAGUAUGGUUUGAUGAAAUGAAAUGUGUCAUCUACGGCUACGAUGAUGCAGCUGCUCUUGUACUCGUCGUUGACAAAAAAUCACAGGAGGAUUUGACUCGCUGGGCUCUGAAGAACGAGCAAGAUCUCGCAGUCAAAACCGGUGUAAACAAACAUAUCCCACACACAAGCCUGGAAAGCUUCCAUAUGACUCUUGCAUUACUAAACCAAAGCCAUUUUCCAGUGCAAUCGGCAGUUGAAGAAAUCAACCGAGUUAUUUCACCAGGAAAAUGGCACAAAACGCCUGUUACUCUUCAACGUCCAGUUUGUCGUGGAUGCCAAAAGUUAAUGAAACGCCUUUAUUACAUGUAAAUACAUGACAUCAGCGACAAACUAACAAUCAGAAUUAACUAUACUACUGAGAUAUGUUUUGUAACUAAAUUUUCUAGCUUCUUAAUAACACCCCUUUUUAAUACUUUUGUCAAAAGAAAUAUUGUUUUGAUUCUGGUGUGAAUGAUUUAAUUUGAAUUCAGUUGAGAAUAUUAUAACCUUACGCUAUCUUUUUGUUUUCGCUGUGGCUAUAUGGCCGGUAACCGGUGAAAGUCUUCAAAACGCUACAUGACCGGCAGUCCUAUAUUCUCAGUAAACACAAAAUCGAAAAAUCCCAGCAAAUCUUAAUUAUCACAUGUCCAUUAAGAAAAGUCAAGCGAUCCUGAAAUGCUUUAUAGAUCUCAAGUAUAGCGUUUGGUUUACGCUGGGCUUAGAAGGCGAAAAGAUGUUUUGUGACACUUAGAACUUUUUCAGCUCGACUGCCGGUCAAGGUUUUCAAAACACUAAACGACGGGCAGUCCUAUAUUCUCAGUAAUUUUCACAAAUCGAAAUAAUCCAGCUAAUCUAAACUACCAUUUUUAACUUUAAGGAAACGACCUACAGGUUAAUAUAUUGGGUGGGAAAAGUAAAAUUUACGACCCUUGCGUGACUUUUUAAACUCGCGUGACUGUAAUAUUAGAACUGACAACAAAGAAUUUAAUAGGGAAGCCAUGUUUUCUGGAAGACGCAGUCAACAAAAUUGCAUUAUUUUGUUUGUUUUGAUUGCCUGUUGUGUGCUGCUUUUACUCCUUAAAUGGCCCUUCUACCUCAAGUUUUCCGGUAAGUCUGAAAGAUGUCUGGUUUAUAGUCCUGCAUAUCCUUCUGCUGGCGGCCCGGGCUGCAGUCCAAGAUGUGUCGAUAAAGAAGGGAAGAAAAAGUCCAUGUAUGGGUCCGGCGCGGCGUUUUAUAACGACGUCCACCAAACCUGGCCCAAAGAACUUGUCAAGAAUAUGAAACUUGCCGCCUCAAUUUUGAAAAAGUACGGUCAGCCACGAAGCCUAGACACAGAAGGCGGCCGAGAACUUCAUCUCACGUUUGACUACUACUGCUGUUACACGGACGAAGAAGGAAUUAAAAUCGCGCAGUUUUUGAACAGUUAUUCGUGGAAGCCCCACGAGGUAUGGUUUGAUAGGUUAGAAUGUGCUAUCCACGGUUACAAUGAUGCAGUUUCUCUUGUGCUCAUGGUUGACAAAAAAUCAAAAGAGGAUUUGACCGGAUGGGCGCUAAAGAACGAAAAAGAUCUCGAAAUUAGAACUGGUGUACACAAACAUAUUCCUCACACACGUCUGCAAAACUUUCACAUGACCCUUGGAACUGUAAAUCAAAGCUAUUUCCCAGUAAAAUCAGCAGUUGAAGAAAUCAACAGAGUUAUUCCACCAGGAAAAUGGCACAAAACUCCUGUAAUUCUUCGCCGACCAGUUUGCUAUAGAUGCGACAAGUUACUUACUAGCAAAUCUAAAAUUGAUUGAAAGGAAAUUAUAAAAAAACCAAGGAGCUGUAAACCGUCGUUAAAGUGAAGACAAACCUUGAUUCAUCCUCUGAGGCUAUGUUUUCUGACUGAUUUGCCUCAUAGGUUGUUGGUGUCUUUAUAGGAAUUAACAUAUUUUGUGACCGUUUGUACAACGCGCCUCUAUAUAACGAUCUGAUCAGUAAACAGUGGUAAAAAUUUCAAGUAGAAAUAUUAAAUUUUGCAAACAGAAUAAUGCAAUGCUGAUAGUACAACGUAAAAAUUAACUUUGCAAGACAUCAUGAACACGAUACUGAAAGAACUAUGUCAAUGUGUAAAUAUAUAAACACUUGGAGAGUUCACAAAUCUUGGAAACAAUUUGCCAGACACUCUUUCUCUCUCUUUCCCUGCUGGCAGAGGCCUGUUUUUCCCUGGUAUUCGGCCAGCGGUAAGAAAAGAGACCUUAUAAGACUCAUGUCUACAAACAAGAGAGACGAGUGAAUCAAGGGGUAGUUUAUCACUAGCAGAACAAUGGACGAUUACAGAAAUUCGCUGACAAUUAAAUUCUGUGCUGACUUAUUCCCUGAUAUGCCUUCUUUUUUGCGUGACCACGUGACAAGGCGGAAAUGUUGGUGGACAAAACAACAGCGUAUUUUUUCACCGCAAAAUUUGCAUGAAAAAACUUUAAUUCUCAGCGAAGUAAAACGCUUUUGUAUUUUUCCACCACCAUGGCCUCCAUGACGUCACCUUAAUAUGAAGAAUAAAGGUUUACUCAGAUUGUUGUAUAUCCGCUGCAAUACGGCUUAUACAACCUGUCAACAAUAUAACAACAAUCUCCAGGUUAGGAGGAGUUCAUUGGAAAUUAAGAAAUCCACCAAAACGGCCCUUUUCCAAUCUCUCUUGACUCUCUCGAUCUUGCAUGGCCUCGCGAUAGAAGUGACAACGAAAAGGGAAGCCAUGUUUUCUAGACGACGUUGUCAACGAAAUGCAAUUCUUUUACUUGCCUGUGUAGCGUUGUUUGUCCUCUUUAAAUGGCCAUUUGUCUCCAAAAUAUUCGGAAAAAAUGAAAAAUGUCUGGUGUACAGUCCUGCAUCCUUCUGCUGGAGGACCAGGCUGCAGUCCGCGAUGUGUCGAAAAAGAGGGAAAGAAAACUGCGAUGUAUAGCGCGGUGUUUCAUGGUGACAGUCACCAAACCUGGCCGAAAGACCUUGUCGAGAACAUGAAACUUGCCGGCACAAUUUUGAAAAAACAUGGGCGGCCAAAAACUUUAAAUACAGAGGGUAGAUUAGUUCUUCAUCUGGCGUUUGACUAUUACUGCUGCUACACGGAAGAGGAGGGGAUUAAAAUCGGGAAGUUUUUAAACACUUAUUCUUGGGAACCUCACGAGGUAUGGUUUGAUAAAAUAGAAUGUGCAAUCCACGGCUACAAUGAUGCAGUUUCUCUUGUGCUUAUGGUUGAUAAAAAUUCACGAGAGGAUUUGACUCGAUGGGCGCUAAAAAACUAG